AUGAAGCAAGUUGAUGAUGAUAAUGGAUCAUCUUCAUCCAGCAAGAAGGUGAAUUAUGUGAAAGCUCCAAACAAGUUUGACUUGAAUCUCUUGCCAGAAGAUUCAGAAAGUGAUGAUGAUGAUGAUGAUGAAUUUUACAUUGAAAUUUUUGGAAGUAGCGUUGAAACCCCUCAAGCUGCUCUGAAUCUCACCGAUAAUGAAGUGAAUGGAAAUUCAAACGGAUUGGUUCCACUAAUUCAUGUUUCUGGAGAAAAUGCUGUUUCCAACUUCAAGAACAUCACAACUUCCUCAGAAACAAAAAUGGUGCAAACACCCUCCAAUCCUUCUGAUGAUAAGAGGAGAGUUCACAGUGAUGACAGCUCUUCGGCCAGCGGUGCCGCGACUAGCUUACGUCCUCGCCGGCCAGAGCCAAACUACGAUCGGCGAAUCUGCACAAAUUACAAGUGCCGGACAAGAAACACUCCCAUGUGGCGUAGGGGACCUCUAGGUCCAAAGGAAAUAGGAAAGGUUUACAAAAACCUUGUAACCAAAAAGCACUCUGAUAAAAGUUCUCGCAAGGAUAAACACUAUGAGGAAUCAUCUGCAACACCUACAGGUUCAGGGAUUAAUCGUCAUUAUGGGGGUGGUGAUGAUGAUUUAUUUACAAGUCCUGCAAUUUUGUCAAGAGAUGCAAUCUGUAUCAAGGAGUGCGAGUACAAGUUUUGCCCUGAAUCAGAAAGAUCGGGGAAUGUGAGCAGAAGAAGAGGUACCUCCAUUAUUGAACCUUCAAGCCCUGCAGAAUCCUUAUCAAGAAACAGAAGCAGAGCCAGACACAGCGUAUCUGAACUUCAGAUACGAAGCUGGACCUCUGCAGCCUCCCCAUCAUCAAGAGAUGCUGGCACCAAUAGACUGUCAGCAAAUGACAUCCCGGCAGCCUCUUUGUCAAGAGACACAAGCCGGAGGUCCACAACACCCAUCAUAUUCUCGCAAUCCACUGUUCGAAGGAAACCCCAGCCAAUAGAGAAGAAGUUGGAGUGCACACUUGAAGAUUUAUACUUUGGAUGCCUCAAAAAGAUCAAAAUUACCAGAGAUGUUAUCAAGCCUCCUGGGGUUAUCCUCCAAGAGGAGGAGGUACUACAGAUUGAAGUCAAGCCGGGAUGGAGAGAAGGAACAAAGAUUACCUUCGAGGAAAAGGGUAACGAGGAACCUGGAUACCUCCCUGCUGAUAUAAUCUUCUCAAUUGAAGAAAAGGAACACCCUUUGUUUACAAGAGAUGGCUACAAUUUGGAAGUAUGUGUUGAGAUUCCCCUAGUAAAUGCACUCACCGGCUGCUUAAUACCAGUUCCUCUGAUUGAAGGGGAAACCAUGAAUGUGACAUUUGAGAAUAUCAUCAUAUGCCCUGGAUAUGUGAAGGUCCUUCAGGGUAAAGGCAUGCCGGAUCCACAACAUAAUGGGAGGAGAGGCAACCUCCACAUCAAAUUCCUCAUCGACUUCCCUAGGACAUUGAGUGAUGAACAAAAGAAAGAAGUUGUUAGUAUUCUACAAGAUUGUAACUGAUAAGUGGUGGACAGAUUUGUGAAUAAGAUAAUUUUGUUCUCAA